AUGUACAGACACGUGGAGGCGCUGAGCGCGGCGCUGGAGGCCGGCUGCCCGAGCCGCGCGCUCGCGCACCGCCUCGGCCUCGCCGCCGCGCUCGACUGGCGCGCGCUCGCGCACCGCCUCGGCCUCGCCGCCGCGCUCGACUGGUGCGCGCGACAGCACGCGCCCGCGCGCACGCUGCUGCUGCACCUCAAGGUACUCACGCACUACAUGUACAGACACGUGGAGGCGCUGAGCGCGGCGCUGGAGGCGAUCGCGCACCGCCUCGGCCUCGCCGCCGCGCUCGACUGGUGCGCGCGACAGCACGCGCCCGCGCGCACGCUGCUGCUGCACCUCAAGGUACUCACGCACUACAUGUACAGACACGUGGAGGCGCUGAGCGCGGCGCUGGAGGCGCUCGCGCACCGCCUCGGCCUCGCCGCCGCGCUCGACUGGUGCGCGCGACAGCACGCGCCCGCGCGCACGCUGCUGCUGCACCUCAAGGUACUCACGCACUACAUGUACAGACACGUGGAGGCGCUGAGCGCGGCGCUGGAGGCGGGCGGCGCGUGGCGCGCGCUCGCGCACCGCCUCGGCCUCGCCGCCGCGCUCGACUGGUGCGCGCGACAGCACGCGCCCGCGCGCACGCUGCUGCUGCACCUCAAGGUACUCACGCACUACAUGUACAGACACGUGGAGGCGCUGAGCGCGGCGCUGGAGGCGGGCGGCGCGUGGCGCGCGCUCGCGCACCGCCUCGGCCUCGCCGCCGCGCUCGACUGGUGCGCGCGACAGCACGCGCCCGCGCGCACGCUGCUGCUGCACCUCAAGGUACUCACGCACUACAUGUACAGACACGUGGAGGCGCUGAGCGCGGCGCUGGAGGCGAUCGCGCACCGCCUCGGCCUCGCCGCCGCGCUCGACUGGUGCGCGCGACAGCACGCGCCCGCGCGCACGCUGCUGCUGCACCUCAAGGUACUCACGCACUACAUGUACAGACACGUGGAGGCGCUGAGCGCGGCGCUGGAGGCGCUCGCGCACCGCCUCGGCCUCGCCGCCGCGCUCGACUGGUGCGCGCGACAGCACACGCCCGCGCGCACGCUGCUGCUGCACCUCAAGCACGCGCCCGCGCGCACGCUGCUGCUGCACCUCAAGGUACUCACGCACUACAUGUACAGACACGUGGAGGCGCUGAGCGCGGCGCUGGAGGCGCUCGCGCACCGCCUCGGCCUCGCCGCCGCGCUCGACUGGCGCUCGCGCACCGCCUCGGCCUCGCCGCCGCGCUCGACUGGUGCGCGCGACAGCACCCACGCCCCCGCGCGCGCGCUGCUGCUGCACCUCAAGGUACUCACGCACUACAUGUACAGACACGUGGAGGCGCUGAGCGCGGCGCUGGAGGCGCUCGCGCACCACCCACGCGCCCGCGCGCACGCGCUGCUGCUGCACCUCAAGGUACUCACGCACUACAUGUACAGACACGUGGAGGCGCUGAGCGCGGCGCUGGAGGCGGGCGGCGCGUGGCGCGCGCUCGCGCACCGCCUCGGCCUCGCCGCCGCGCUCGACUGGUGCGCGCGACAGCACGCGCCCGCGCGCACGCUGCUGCUGCACCUCAAGGAAUGCAGAAACGACAUAUCCUCGAAAAAGUUGGCUGUAAUUCUAGAAGAUAUGGGAGAAUUAGAGGCUGCUUCAAUUAUAAGGAGACACAUAGAGUGACAUAUUUUGCGACCAAAGACUUUUAUUAAUAGGCAUUGUAGUCGAUUAAGUUCCGUUUUUAAUAUUAGGAAAUCGAUUCAUAAGUAUCUAUGUUGCGGUUUUCUCGUUGAAGCGUGUUCACCAGCCUGGUAUCAAAAAUGUAAACAAAUAUCGAUUUACUUAUUAGUCUUAUCGAUAGUAUAUAUAAUUCUAUGACUACCGUAACUAAUAAAGCUAUUGUGGUUUUGGACAGGCGGAAUUAAAAGGCCCUUAAUGAGAGUUAUUCGCAAAGAAGGUAGAUCUAUUUGUUAACAUUUGUGCUACAUGGUUGGUGAUCACACUUUAAUUGAAUUGUAAAAUGGUGCAAGUGCGAAAUUAUUUUUUAAUUGUGCGAAAUAAAUGUAAUUUUGACAUAUUCUGAGGAAUUCAUUAUUGGAUAUUAAAAAUAACAAUAAUUAUUAUUUUGAAAUCAACAAAUGAAAUUUUGGUGAAUUUUAUUUAAUCAUCUUUUAUAAUUAUUGCAAUUGUAGAAGAUGCUAGAAUAAUUAAAUAGAUUAAUAAAAAAAACUGUUGUAAUUUUUAACUGUGCUUUUUGCCUUAAUAAUCAUUUUUAAUCAUUUUCCCUCGCCUCAGUUUUAGUGUCAAUAUAAUAUUGUAACCAGUGAAACCAUCUCAUGAAACCCUGAAAGGGUAGGCAGAAGUAAAGCAUCUGCAAACAUAGUUCGCCCAUUCUUUGUUAACGACGCGUCCUUGAUCGGGUAUCGCCUUGUCGGACUAAAAGUCUAACCCCAAGUAACUCGCCUUCGAGUUGUUUUUAUUUUUAUAGUUUGCUGUUUGACUGCAAUAGGUCUAGGCGCCUAGUUUAUGUUAAGUUGAAUAUCGCUACAUUGUAUAAUAUGAAUUAAUAAUAUUAGGGCGGGAUUACUUUUAAGCUGUGUAAACUUUUUAAUACGUGUUUCGUUACGUUCGGGUUCAUUCUUCAUUAAAAA